UCAUGUUGGAUGUAAAUAUAAACACAUGCACUCGGCAAUGUGCGGCACGGUCCAGCCUCAGUGGAAAAGAAUGUGAAAAAGUGUAUUUUAGUGAUAUUUAAACAUGUCCUCCAUCAUACUGAACACACUACGGAGACAGUGCGUCAGCCAGUUCCGCACGCGACUACUCCAGCAGUCGUUUUUGACGACAACAAGCCGUGGAUUUCACAUCGCACCAAUCGCCUGCGCCCCCAAACCCCACCAAAAGGAUGAAUUUUCCCACCUAGAGGCUGCUCACAGUCCGGACCAGUUUGGCACACUGUCGCCCCAAGUAGACGAACCGGAAACACCUGAUGAGGGUGAUCUAAAGGAGGAAGACUUUCUGCAAAACAUACCCGCCCCGGGACAGAAGCUGUCCGUACGGCAGUAUGCCGACCUGAUCAAGGACCACCUGAAGAACAACCGCAUCAGGGAGGCGCUGGAUGUGGUCGAGGUGCGCAUGAAGCAGGACCGGGUGAAGCCGGUCAACUACCACUUCAACCUGCUGAUUGGUGGGUGUGCCCGGGUAGGCUACAGCAAGAAAGCGUUUCAGCUGUACAACAAAAUGAAACAGCACGACCUGAAGGUGACGGGCGGCACGUACACGUCGCUGUUUAAUGCGUGUGCGGUGUCGCCGUUCCUGGGCGAUGGGCUGAAGCGGGCGAACCAGCUGCGCGAGAUCAUGCUGGAAAAGGGGUACGAGCCGAACGAAUCGAACUACAAUGCGAUGAUCAAAGCGUACGGACGGUGCGGCGAGCUGAAGACGGCGUUUCAGCUGGUGGAUGAGAUGGUGGCGCGGCGGUUGAGCAUUGGCACGGAUACGUUCAACUUUUUGCUGCAGGCGUGCAUUAGCGAUCGAGAGUAUGGGUUCCGGCAUGCGCUGCUCGUGUGGCACCGGAUGCAACGGAUGCGGAUCAGCCCGGAUCGGUACUCGUUCAAUCUGUUGCUGCGCUGUGUGCGGGACUGUCAGCUGGGCGAUCUGGAGACGACGCAGCAAGUGAUUGAGCAAAUUCUCUCGGAAAGCAUUGGAGGUAAUGGCGGGAAACAGGUGCCAGCGAUUGAGGAACCGUCGAUUGAAGCAGUGGAGCGGUCGGAAGAGGACAACGCGGAACAGCAGCAGAAGCUCGCUACAAUCGUCACAAAUCGAGAGCUAACCGAGCGUCUCAAUCACGAAGGUGUUCCGGAUCUGCUAUCCCCCCAACCCCACCUCGGCAGCUUGGUAAGGUUGGGCGAAGUGCGAAAACCGGAGGAUCGUUUGCUGCUGCUCGGUGGCUCGUCGAACGUGUUCGCAGAAAUGCGACGGUGCGGGGCCGAGCCAGACAUACGCACCAUUACCGAGCUGCUGGACGUGAUUCCUUCGACGUAUGCCGCCGAAAAGCAGCUGCUCGGUACGAUCAAGCAGCUCAAGCUGCGGUGCGAUAUCGAUUUCUUUAACAUUCUGAUUAAAAAGCGAUCGAUGCGGUUCGACUAUGAGGGUGCCAAGGACGUGCUGUACAUGAUCGAGGCGGCCAACCUGGAACCGGACAUCGUCACGUACGGUGUGCUGGCGCUCGGCUGCCAAACGCAGGAGGAAGCCCGCUCGCUGCUCAAGAUGAUGCACGAGGCGGACGUGCGCAUGAACAUACAAAUCCUCGGCGCCAUGUUGCGGCAGGGUUGCGCGAAGCAAAACUUUCGCUACGUGACGGAAAUCUUGCAGAUCGUGAGGCGCGAGCGGCUAAAACCGAACGAACCGUUCCUGCGCCAUCUGGAGGAGUUUGGCCGGGUGUGCGAAAAGCGGGACCGCGAGUACGAUGCGAAACCGCGCAAAAGGGGUAAGGAUGAGUUUAAGCAGGAGUACAACCGGUACCGGAUGCAGCUGGAUGCGUGGCGCGAGCAUAUGGGAUUGCAGGGGUUGGCGCUUGAUCAGGCGCUCGGCAUUGUGCGCGAACAUCCGUGGGAACAGUUUAAGGAGCCGCAGGCGGAGGGGUAUGAGGCGGUGAAAAAUCCAAAGCUACGCCACAAGCGAAAGAAGCAACACUCGAUACGAAGGGUCGAUGUGGAGGCGAUUGAGGACGAUGAUGAUCGUGGGCAAGGAAAGGAGCACGAUCAGACGAAGGAAGUGAAGUUAGCGCAUUAGCCGGAAGGAGUGUAGCCAGCACGUAACUAAAUAAACGUGAGCCGUAGAAUGUGAUUUAGUCGAAUGAAGUAAAA